AUGUCAUCUAAUAAUCAUCUAACUUCAUCGUCAACGCCAAAUAUCGGUAGCACUUAUGAAUCAUCAUUAGAUCAAUUACGUUCAUUGUUGCCUAAUUCAAAUGCAAAAGGCAUGUCUGAUUAUGAUGUUGUUCGAUCAGCAACGGAUUAUAUACAAACAUUAAUGCAAGAUUCGGGCACAGUAAAUUCAAAUUCUAUUGGAAAUCAUGCAUCUUGGUGA